AUGCUUUCCUCCAGGCAGGCAGGCACACGCCGCGUCCUCCGCGCCUUCUCCACCUCCGCGCCGACGCCGUUCAAGGCAUACAUCGGCUCCGCCCCCAUCCAGUAUCCGGACACGGUCACGCUCACCCCAACGGACACCGCGGUGUACGUCAAGGGCCCGCUGGGCGAGACAUCGGUGCCGCGGAUGCCGUUCGUCAGGCUCGAGGAGCAGACGCCGCGGACGCUGCUCGUCAGCGUCGAGGACGCGGGCAUCCGCGAGCAGCGCAACAUGUGGGGCACCACGCGCACGCUCAUCGCGAACGCCGUCACGGGCAUGACCGUCGGCUUCACUCUCCCCGUCUACCUCGUCGGUGUCGGCUACCGAACCGCGCUCGAGGUGGACCCCAAGGGCAAGCGCGAGGGGUGGAGCGGCCAGCGGUUCAACAUGAAGCUCGGCUUCUCGCACACCGUCUACGUGCCCAUCCCCGACUACAUCAAAGCCGAGGUGCCCUCGCCAACAAAAAUGGUGCUCUUCUGUUUGAGCAAGGAGAAGCUUGGGCAGUUUGCGGCGGACGUGCGGAAAAUCCGACCACCAGAACCGUACAAGGGGAAGGGAAUUAUUGUGGGCAAUGAGAUAAUUCGGAUGAAGCGGAUGAAGAAGAAGUAG